GCCACAAGAACAAGAAAUAAAACAAAAACACACACAAAUAAUCUCAAUCUUAUUGCACUCACAAUACUGUUAACACACCCAUAACAGAUUUUCUCUCUCACUUUCUCUUUCUCUCAACUGUGAAAAUAGUGUGAAUUUCUUAAGCUUUACACUCAAAUUCAGAUUGUAGAAGAAUUCCCUUGGGACAAGGUGAUUCAUUUGAGCUUUGGAGUCCAAUGCUCUGAUGGUGUUGCAUGUUCAGGCUUACAAUGGCCACGGCUGCUGUCGUUGGGCUUAGUGCUGGCCAAAGGCUUUUAAGCUCCUCCUUUUGUUACUCUGAUCUCACAGAAAAGCUUUCCUAUACCGGUGAACAGCAUCAGAUUACUCCCACAAAAACUGUAAUUGUUGCCAAGAGAACAGCUAAUUUUAAUCAGAGAGGAUCAUCAGUCAAAGCUCUUAAAGAAUGUAUAGAUGGUACUUUCAUUCCUCCAACUUCUGAAACAUGGAAUCCAGGAUCUUCUCCUUUAGAAGAGGAAAAUUCAAGUCCUGAAACUCCAUUGGAAGCUCUCCUUUUGCUGCAGAAAUCCAUGCUUGAGAAGCAGUUAGAGCUAUCCUUUGAGCGCAAUAGCAUGACUGAUAUGCCAAGGGAGUAUACUUCUAAGGGAUCACACGUCACGGCCUCAGGAAUUCCUGCUCGAGUACGAAGGAUUAACGCUAAGAAGAGAAGUCAGGGGAAAAAGAUUUUUACAAAGGAAAGUGAGAGAGGGAAACCUCCAAUGGCUACUGUAAGUCCUGAGCUACUCCAGAAUCGUUCAAUAGGCUAUGUGAGGGGUUUGACAAGUGAUGAAUUGCUGACUCAUGCUCAAGUUGUGAAUUUAUCUCAAAAGAUAAAAGCCGGUCUUUCCUUGGAGGAUCAAAAGUCAAGACUGAAGGAGAAACUAGGGUGUGAACCUUCUGACGAGCAACUUGCAAACUCCUUGAGGAUGAACCGUGCUGAAGUGAGAUCCAAAUUAAUUGAAUGUUCUCUGGCCAGAGAGAAGUUGGCUAUGAGCAAUGUUCGGUUGGUCAUGUCCAUUGCUCAAAGGUAUGAGAACAUGGGUGCUGAUAUGACCGAUCUUGUUCAGGGUGGACUGAUUGGACUUCUCCGGGGAAUUGAGAAGUUUGACUCAUCCAAAGGGUUCAAAAUUUCAACAUAUGUUUAUUGGUGGAUACGUCAAGGUGUUUCUAAAGCACUAGUAGAAAAUUCAAGAACUCUGAGGUUACCUACUCAUCUCCAUGAAAGAUUAAGUUUAAUUCGCAGCGCGAAAAAUAAACUUGAAGAGAAAGGGAUAACUCCAUCGAUUGAUAGGAUAGCUGAAUCUUUGAAUAUGUCGCAUAAGAAAAUUAAAAAUGCAACAGAGGCCGUCAGAUCUGUCUUAUCACUGGACAGGGAAGUAUUCCCCUCUUUGAAUGGUUUACCAGGAGAGACAUUUCAUAGUUACAUUGCGGACAAUCGCCUAGAAAAUAACCCGUGGCAUGGUGUAGAUGAAUGGGCACUCAAGCACGAAGUAAGCAAUCUUAUAGACACUGCACUCAGGGAAAGAGAGAAAGAAAUAAUACGUCUCUAUUAUGGUCUGGAGGAUGAAUCUCUGACUUGGGAAGAAAUUAGCAAAAGGAUUGGUUUGUCAAGAGAGCGAGUCAGACAAGUUGGACUAGUCGCGUUGGAGAAACUAAAACACGCUGCGAGAAAGAGAAGGAUGGAAGCCUUGCUGGUGAAACACUAGUAAGGCAUAUGAAUCAUAGUCUACUGUAGAGCUUAUUGACUGUAUAUAUAUAUAACAGAAAUGAAACAUUUACAUUCACUUUCUUACAGUAAGUAUGAGUUGCAUCACAGGGGCUUACACUAAACUUUUUUAUUCUUAAAACCCUGUCUUUUGUUCCUGGGAUCAGGAAGUUUGUUGUAUAGUUGCAUGUAAGAGGUCACAAAAACAACUACUUAUGCUUCAUGUAUUAAUACAAGUUUAAAUUUUGAUAAAAAUAGGUAUUUGUUUAAAUACACAGCAUAUGAUUUUCUGAA